AUGAGCGAUGAAAAUGGAAAGGCUAACAUCGGAUUCUUGAGUGAGAAGGAAAGUCUACAGGCAAAAAAGAAGAACAAGAAGUUAGGAAUUGACGAUUUUGCUGAGGCCAUUUCUAGAAUUGCUGUGGCUCAGUUAUGCGAGAGCUUAGGGUUUCAGAGCAUCCAGCAGUCCGCACUGAAUACUCUAUCAGAUGUAGCGGUCAGGUACAUUACAGAGGUGGGAAGAACUGCAAAUUAUAAAGCCAAUUUAGCCAAUAGGAGCGAGGGUAAUGCGUUUGAUGUGAUUCAGGGGUUGGAGGAUCUGGGCUUCAUUCAGGGGCUUUCGGGGGGUUCUGACCCUAGUCAUUGUCUUCCUGGUUCGGCAGUAGUUAGGGAUAUUAUUAGGUACAUUGAAGAAGUGGAGGAAAACCCGUUUGUGUAUUCAGUUCCCUGUUUUCCUGUUGUAAAAGAAAGAAAACUGAACCCUGGUUUGAAGCAAACGGGUGAAAGCUCUCCCAAGGAGCAUAUACCUGAUUGGUUGCCCAGGUUUCCUGAUCCCGAGACUUAUAAGGAUUUAAUAUUGGGGAAUGAGAAAGAAUUGGAGACUUGGAACAAUAAUAUAAUACAGCAGGUUGAUGAGCAGAAUAAAAAGUUUGAGACGCCCCUGUUAACUAUGCAGAAGAAAUUGUUUAGUAAUGGGUUUGAAGGAGGGGUGGCUGUUGAACCAUGGGAUGCAGCAAAGACACUAAAAGCAGCAGAAAGUAAUCCAUUUCUUGCCCCACCUCUUCAAUUUGGGGAAGGGGAGGCAUCGUUGCCUGUUCUUCCAGCUAAAUUUUAUGAUGAGGCAGCAUGGAGACAUCAGGAUCACACAUUUAUGGAUAAUCGUUUUUCAGCUAUAGAGCAAUCUGUGCGCAUCACUGAAGCUGUUUGGAGCAGUCCAUGUGAAUCCAAAGAGGACAAGAGAAAUAUUCUCUUGGAUGGGAGGCCCAACAUACAAUUUAAGUUUAAAAGUAGCAGGAAGUCUUUAGGUAGGCCAACUGACUCUCAAACUGCAGACUCUGACAAAAUUGCUCUUUGGUUUGGCAACUAUCAUGUUGAAAAAGAUGAGAAGAAUAGGACAUCAAAGCAAGUUCUCCACGAAAAUGGGGAAAAUAUGCAGGAAUAG